UGCUGGAUUGGAUGGAGGAGUACGAUUUUGAGGGGAGGACAAAASGGAGAGGGCUGGUGAUUCGAGGGUGGGCUCCGCAGGUGAUGAUACUGUCACACUCUUCCACUGGGUGCUUUUUGACGCACUGCGGUUGGAAUUCGAGCAUCGAGGGGAUGUCUGCAGGCGUGCCAAUGAUCACUUGGCCGCUCUUUGCGGAUCAAGUUUUCAACGAGAAGUUAUUAGUAGAGAUAGUUAGGAUCGGCGUGAGUGUGGGCGCGGAAACGGCUGUUCCUUGGGGAGAGGAAGAAAAGAUAGGAGUGUUGGUGAAGAGAGAAAGUGUGAGAGAAGCCAUAGAAAUGGCGAUGGAUGGAGAUGGGAGCGAGGAGAUGAGACAGAGAUGCAAACAACUUGCUGAGAAAGCAAAGAGAGCAGUACAAGAAGGGGGCUCGUCUCACCGGAAUCUCAAGUUGCUGAUCGAAGAGAUUGUUGAUGAUGGAAGAAGUUGCGAGAAUGGAAGCUGUUGAUUUUUUUAGUUACGUCUUAGAAAUUCUUAUCUCAAUUUUACACGUGAAGGUGAAGGAGAUUAUUUUACACAACAAUUUCGAUAUUCCAAUAGUGAUAAUUAUUGAGAAAUUAUUUCUUAAUCGCUUCGAUUUGAUCCGAAAACGUACGGGAAAAAGCUGAUUUUCGGAACCCAUGAUCAAAAGUUGGAUGAAGCUUUCUUGGUCUCUUUUUUACUUCUUCCUUGAGCUAUAGAUUGUGAAAAAGUAACUAAAACAUAAUAAUAAAAAAAAAACAGUUGUCAGAU